AUUGUCAUUCAAAUUCAGAUAAUCCCGUUCAUACAAAUCAAAAAUCUGAAACUAAUAAUGCAACUAAAAAAGAUUGUAACAAAAAUAGUAUUCGUCCAACUCGAAUUACAUUCAGUUAUAAAAAAACAACUGUAAUCUCUGAUAAUGAAUCUGAUAAUUAG